AUGGCUUCUCUGCGCAAUGCAGACGUCCAGCUAAGGACUUAUAUCAAGCAGCAUGCCCUGCCCGAGGUUUAUGAGGCACUACUAUGUGGGUUGAUUGCUAUGUGUCCAGAAAAUCCUCUCCAGUUUUUGGAACAGAAGCUCAAAGAAAUUUUGGAGAAGGGUCAUGACACACUUUUAUGGGAUAUGUUUAUAGACGAAUCUAAGAAACCAAAAAUAAAGGCAUUGGCAGGAAGUUAUCUGGAGUUCCUUUUUGGACAAGAUGAGGAUCAGCUGGUGUCCCCGGAAUUAUUCAAGAAAGCGUAUUCAUUUUAUAUUGGCAAUUUACAGAGGCUCUGCUUUGAUGCAUGGAUAAAAUAUUGCAGUGUGAAAAAAGACACAAAAGUCAAUUUACAGAACAAGCUGCAGAUUGCUGGUAGACACCAUGCAGGGAAAUUAUUGCAUUGCAUAAUCUUUCGAUGGCAUUCCUUUGUGACAUUCCGCAAGCAACAACAGAUAGUGGCAGCAACCAGAAUCCAGAAUGUAUUUGACAAUGCGUUUAUGAAAAAGGUCCUGAAAGCCUGGCACUCAGAAACUCAGGACUCUAAAAAGAAAAAAGAGUACUUUGAGCGUCCAGAAAACGGAGACAUGGAUGAUUAUCAUGAUUUAUCUUCUUCUCUAUUAAGAGAAGGUGAAGAUCAGGUGUCGAAGUUACCACAAAAAGCACUUCUCAAGAUUUUCGGGUCUUUGAAUUUAAUAGACUUAGCUAGAAGUGCUCAAGUUUGCAGAUCAUGGAAGAUAAUCACACAGAAUAGUUCCCUCUGGAGUUCUAUUGAUUUUUCAUCUGUAAGACACCGCGUUCAAGAUAAAUUUGUUGUCAACAUUUUGCGCAAGUGCCGCCCAUAUGUUACACGCUUAAACUUAAGGAGUUGUUCUUUGUUCCAGUGGUCAACAUUUAAAGCAAUAAGUGAAUGUAAAAACCUUCAAGACCUGAACCUGUCAGAAUGCCAAGGCUUGAAUGAUGAAUCAAUGAGAAUCAUUUGUGAAGGAUGCACAGCGUUACUGUACCUGAAUAUCUCCUAUACUGAUAUAACUAACGCAACCCUGCGAAUGAUGUCAAGAUACCUUCUGAACCUACAGUUUUUAAGCUUAGCUCACUGCAGGAAAUUCACAGACAAAGGAUUACAGUACCUGGGCUCAGGAAAAGGCUGUCGCAAACUCAUCUACUUGGACCUGUCGGGCUGCACUCAGAUCUCCGUUGAUGGUUUUAAAUUUGUUGCCGCCGGCUGCUGUUCUCUUCAAGAGUUGCACAUAAAUGAUAUGUUUACUCUGACAGACAAUUGUAUCUUAUCGCUGCUGGACAAAUGUCACAAUUUUACAUCAGUAUCUCUUCUGGGAUCCCCUCAUCUUUCUGAUGCUGUCUUUAAAGUGCUUGCUCAAGGCCGAAAGCUUACAAAGAUCAGGAUUGAAGGAAAUAAUCGGAUUACUGAUGCAAGCAUCAAGGUGAUCAGCAAGUCCUGCCCUAACCUGAAUCAUAUCUAUAUAGGCGAUUGCCAGAAAAUUACAGAUAUCAGCCUAAAACAUAUAUCAGCCCUGAAGAAUAUUGUGGUAUUGAAUGUAGCAGACUGUGUAAGGAUCAGUGAUCCAGGGGUCCGACAAGUUCUGGAAGGUCCUUCAGGAGCAAAGAUAAGAGAAUUAAACCUGACAAACUGUGUUCGAGUCAGUGACCUCUCUCUACUGAGAAUAGCUCAAAAGUGUCAUAGUUUGACCUACUUGAGUCUUCGCUUCUGUGAAAAUGUAACAGAUUCUGGCAUUGAGCUUUUAGGAAAUAUGUUAUUGCUGCUUUCUAUUGAUCUCUCUGGAACAAGCAUUACUGACCAGGGAUUAUCAGUUCUUGGGGCAAAUAGCAAGAUAAAAGAACUCAUUGUAUCAGAAUGCCCUGGAAUCUCAGAUAUUGGAAUUCAGAAGUUUUGCCAACAGUCAAGAGACCUAGAGCAGUUGGAUAUUUCGCAUUGUUUACAAGUGACAAAUAAUACUGUGGAAACUCUGGCAUUUUGCUGUAAAACAAUCACAUCGCUGAGCAUUGCUGGCUGUCCCAAGGUUACAGACAUCAGUAUCCAGCAUCUCUCUCGUGUCUGUCAUUAUCUUCAUGUCUUGGAUAUCUCGGGUUGCAUCCAUCUUAGCGACAGAACGCUGAAACAUUUACAAAAAGGCUGUAGACAACUCCGGUUUUUACGCAUGAUGUAUUGCAAAAGUAUUACUAAGGCUGCUGUUCAGAAAAUGGAGUCCAAGGUUCAAAAACUUGAGUACAAUAAUGAAGAUCCUCCCCCGUGGUUUGGAUAUGAUCGUUAUGGAAAGCUGCUAAACGCUAUGUCAAAUACAGAAGACACAGAGAUGGAGACGUCUGAAGAGAAGAGAAUUUGAAAUGUGCAUUUAAGUUUAAAAUAGAAUCAUGUUUGCAAUAUAAUUCCAUUAGCAAAAAUUCUUCUACUAAAAGUUUUUCAGUGGCAUACACAUAUAUGCUGUAAGGGCCUGUGCACCAGCAG